AUGGAACAAGACGACGAGAUCAAAUCCGGUUGUUUAUUAUUUCCGCCUGCCGGAGGGAAUAUGUUUAGUAAAUUUCCCAAAAAGAAAAACUGGCAACAAAAACAUUGUAUCCUCUUCACUGCCAGCAAACAAGGGAUUGAGCGUCUUGAAAUAUUUGACAACAAAGAUGAUGUUGCAUCUGGUGCUAUACCCAAAAUUAUUACUCUCGAAAAUUGUAUAAAAAUAACACAUUCUAGUCCAAACACUAUUACUAUACUUACUAAGUCACACACUCAGCAGUUGAGCACACAGUCAGAAGCAGAAACUUUAGAAUGGGUAACUGCCCUACAAUCAGUGGCUUUCAAAGACAAGGACUCUAAUCCUUUCAGCUGUGACGAAGACAAUGAUCUGUACUGUUCUUCAGGAGAAGGAGUAUUCUCAGUCAAAAUGUGCCCCUCUGAAGCUUCAACUAGAUGUGGUUUUGAACCAAUCAGAUAUCUUCUUUUGCUCACAUCUACUGCCAUAGAAUUAAGAGGUCAGAAUGAUGACAAAGUGUAUGCCACUUGGCCUUACAGGUUUAUUAGACGUUAUGGUUACAGACAGGGUAAAUUUACUUUUGAAGCAGGUCGAAAAUGUGAUACAGGUGAAGGCAUCUUCCAUUUAGAACACCCAAACCAAUCAGAAAUCUUCAAGUGCUUGUCAUUAAAAAUGAAAACUAUGAAGCAAAUGAUUGGCAAUGACAACCUGAACAGUCCUGAACACAGUGAAUUCAAUAUUCAGUCAAGUGCCAAUUUGUUUCCUGGCUCCAGAAGUCCUUUAGUUGCUGCUAGACCUGAUGAUUUGAACUUGAGUUCACUGUCAUUCAAGACUACUUCUGUAUCAAGCCAACAGAGUUCAUGCUCAGAAAGGGAUACUGCACCUUUAUUGAUGCCUAAACCAGCACUGAAACCUAAACCACUAAAACCACCUCGUAAAAUUAUCAAUCUCCCUAAGAAACAAGAGAUUCCAAUUUCUAAUGAGGAGACUUCAGAUUUUGCAAGAUUUAAAAAGCUUGAUAACUAUGAGCCAAUUGAUCAGGGGAAAAGAGAACACAGUCCCCCUAGCCAGUCAGUGCCAUAUGACAGUGUUGAGGUUAGAUCUGAUGCAUGGAAAACAUUGGGAAUAGAUGAACCUGAACAUACUGAGUUCACUCCUAACUUGGCUGAUAAUCCAAACUGUAUAAAACUUAUUUCUCGAUCUCAGGAUAACUUGAACACCAGUGGCCCAGAGUCAUCAAGAAUUAUUCUGCUUCCGAGUCCAGUAGUUGAUCCUGAAGAUGAAAAUUAUGACAGAUUGGCAUAUUUUGGUUCAACAAGCAAAUUGAAUAAAUCCUCACGAUAUAAAAAGAUUGAAGCGCGUCCUACGACUUUGGCCCUUGGUGAGCCAAAAUCUAAAGACACUUGGAAUGAUUAUGAUGAGGUUGAAAAUGUUAUGCAAACAGCCAGAUUGGCAGAUGAUUCUCAUUUAGGAUAUGGCAUGAUAAGGAAGCCCAACACCCCUGGGCCACAAGUACCCACUGCUGCCCAAGUGCAAGCACUCCAGAACCAAGUAGGUUUGGAAGAUGUUGCUCACAACAUGUGCAAUGGGACAGAUUAUGCGAUUGUAAGCCGUCCAAAAAGAGUAUAA